GACAGGUUUCGUACGAUUCGGUCAUAUAUUUGUGAUUGUUCGAUAAGAAUAAAAGAAGAACUGUUAACGUUGAUGAUAAUGCAUGAUUUAGUUGCUGUUAUACCAAUCUAUCUAAUCUCGUCCAUUUUAGGUGCUAUAGCUGAGCGAGCGAAAUUGAAAUCCUACAUAUUGCUAGGUUGUUUGGUGAUUUUGAUACAAGCAUUGCCGGCACACUGGGUUUGGGACAAUGAGGGUUUCUUCUAUAAACUCGGAGUGGUGGAUUUCGCCGGCUGCUCAGCUGUACAUAUGGUAGGUGGAAUAAUCGGCUUGGUUGCAACCGUCUAUCUGAAACCACGUCGAAAUCGUUUCAAUGAAGACAGCGUUCAUCAGAUGAGCUCACCGACGAACGCCCUUCUUGGAACAUUUCUGCUUUGGUGGGGUUGGUUCGGUAUCAACGCUGGAUCUGUGUGGGGCAUCACCAGCGGACGAUGGCGACUUGGCGCGAGAGCUGCUGUGGCGACUAUAAUGAGUUCAAUCGGAGGUGGUGUUACGUCGAUCGUCAUCAGUUUCGUUAAAACAAAAAAAUUACAAGUAAAUUUCUUAAUAAACGGCAUUCUCUCAUCGAUCGUUUCCAUCACAGCUUUAUGUGCAAUGUCUCGUGCCUGGCAUGCCUUAAUAAUUGGGGGUGUCUCGUCAGCGUUCUCGAUCUCAAUACUUCCACUUUUAGAACGUUUUAAGGUGGAUGACCCCGUUGGUAUUGUGCCGAUUCAUCUAACCUCAUCCAUAUGGGGUAUGACUGCAGUUGGAAUUUUUUGCGAGAAAGAUCGACAUUUGAUCGGCGCCACAAACGGUCACUCAGGCUUACUGUAUUCAGGAGAGUUCACGUUACUUGGUGUUCAACUUCUUUGUACACUGACGAUAUUAGUUUAUAGUGCAUCAUUUGGCCUACUAAUAUUGGUGUUGAUCAGUAAGAGCCCAUUGGGACUACGUGUUACCGAUUACGAGGAGCAGAUCGGAGCCGAUGUCAUCGAACACGGCUUAGCUGGAACGAACGUCGCCCGAUAUGUGAUCGAAAAACCGCUCAGCACCAGAACAUUUCAAACGGUCACAAAAGCGAUAACGAAAUGGAAGAUGCUGGCAAAAUCAAAAAGCCGAGCGAAACGAAUGGAACAAAUCAGACUAAAGCGAUUGACCGAAGAACAGGCCUUCACUGCCCUCUCCCAAGAAGCAAACAUUGCCAAUGGAGGUAAACAAAUUUCAUUGGCAAGAACUAAAAAAGAUAACCAAAUUGAACACAAAGUGAGACCUUUGUUGAGCUUGUUGACACGGACCGGUAACGGUGUGCUUCAUCGUCGACGAGUGUCACGGAUUUUUGAAGCUGCUGCCAGCUCUUUUAGUCCAAGAAGAGAAAGUCAACAACCAUCAAAUACUGACAUCGAAGCACAAUCUCUGGAACGAUCUCUUCUGUUGCUUUGUUAG